AUGUGGGACAUGGAUAAAGCACGCUUCCUCAACGCCCCAGUCUCCCAGUUCGUGUUGGAUGUUGGAUCCGCAAUUCCUAUCAUCAUGGGCUCUAACAUUGGUACUUCUGUCACCAACCCAAUCGUGGCUCUGAUGCAGGCAGGAGAGAGAGAGGAGUUCAAACUGGCGUUUGUUGGUGCCACAGUCCAUGACUGCUUUAACUGGUUGUCAGUGCUUGUGUUACUGCCACUAGAAGUCAUCACUAGCCUGAUGAAGCUGGCUUCUGAGGCAGUAGUGAAAAGUUUCAACGUCAAGACUGGAGAAGAUGCACCAGAGCUCCUGAAAGUCAUCACAGAACUCGUCACCAAACUGAUCCGAAUUUCACUGGAUAAGUCAGUUAUUGUAGGCAUUGCAACAGCACAAGAGAUGAUGUGGAAUAAAAGCCUGAUUAAAGUUUGGUGCAAGUCUCCAUUAAUGGUCCAAGAGAAUGUUUCUUUAGCAGUCUCAAAAAACUCCACAAUGUCAACUACAUCACUUCACAUCAAUGUUGAAAAAUGCUCUCAUCUAUUUGUGGAUACCCAAUUGUCUGAUCUGGCUGUGGGAUUGUUUCUGCUGGCUUCCUCACUGCUGGUACUCUGUUCCUGUCUCCUGCUACUGAACUCCCUUCUCCAGGGCCAAGUGGCCAAAGCCAUUCAGAAAAUCAUCAACACAGACCAUCCGUUUCCAUUUGGCCGGUUGACAGGCUACCUGGCCAUUCUGGUCGGGGCUUGCAUGACCUAUGUGGUUCAGAGCAGCUCUGUGUUCACUUCUGCAAUAACUCCUUUAAUUGGUAAGUCAUUCCUCUCUUGCAUUACCUUACACCAUGACCAGGUUGAGCUCAUGGGCAAGAACUUCAGGGAGGGGCUUCUAUUUAUCCUGUACACAUUAGCUGUGCACAAAGAUUAG